UUGGGUGGUAUUUAAGUAGAAAGGGCUCCUCUCACUCCGCCACUGAGUUUUGAGUUGCCUCCCAGGAUGGCUUGGAUUUAUCGUGACAUUGGACAGCUUGUGUGGUUCCUGCUUUGCUUGCAAUGGUCUUGCAUCUGGGUUGAGAGUGGGAAGCUGCUGGUUGUCCCUUUCGACGGGAGUCAUUGGCUCAGUUUGCAGACUACACUGAAGGAGCUUCAUGGAAGAGGACAUCAAAUUGUUGUCGUCUACCCUGAAAACACUCUGAUGAUUAAAGCAUCCCAUUUCUACACCAGCAAGACUUAUUUUGUUCCCUUCAGCAAAGAAGAUGUGGUGAAAACACAUAGAGAUCUGAUACAGAUGGCCCUUUACAAUGGGACCUUUUAUGAAAGAGUUAGGAGUUCUUUGGAACAUUUGGUGAGUUACAGGGAUUAUGUCCUGACUAACUGUAAAUAUUUAUUGUUUAGUGCAGAGCUGAUGCAGGAAUUGAUGGAAGCAAAAUUUGAUGCCCUACUGACAGACCCCUUUUCACCUUGUGGUGUAAUUGUUGCCGACUACCUCUCCCUUCCAACGGUGAACCUACUGCGAUGGAUUCCUUGUGGUUUGGAAUACUCAGCCACUAAAUGUCCCAGACCACUCUCGUAUGUGCCCAGGUUUUUCACCAACAACUCCGAUCGAAUGACCUUUCUCCAAAGGGUAAAAAACUUCCUGGCCAGUCUCUGCGAACCGUGGCUAUGCCAUUUUCUAUAUUCACCAUUUGAAGAUUUGGCCAUUAGUUUCCUCCAGAGAGAUGUGACCUUGGUCCAGCUACUGAGUCAGUCUUCCAUCUGGCUGCUGCGGUACGACUUCAUCCUGGAGUACCCCAGACCCCUGAUGCCAAACAUGAUCCUUGUUGGAGGCAUGAAUUGCAAGGAGAGGAAACCUUUGCCCCAGGACCUGGAAGACUUUUUGAACAGUUCUGGAGAACAUGGUGUUGUGAUCUUCUCCCUAGGGUCAUUGAUUUCUAACAUGCCAAUCUCAACAGCCAACAUGAUUGCAGAAGCAUUUGGUCAAAUUCCUCAGAAGGUGGUGUGGAGGUACAGUGGAGAAAGGCCCUCGAAGCUGGCAGCCAACACCAAGCUCCUGGAAUGGCUGCCGCAGAAUGACUUACUGGCACAUCCCAAAACGCGAGCUUUCCUGACUCACGGAGGGACACAUGGAAUCUAUGAGGCGAUCUGUGCUGCUGUACCGAUGGUUAUCAUUCCUCUGUUUGGAGACCAGCAGGAUAACAUGCAGCAAAUGAUACAUCAAGGGGCAGGGAUUGGUUUGUCUUUGCAAAAUAUGAACUCCCAAGAUCUCGUGGAAGCACUUAAAAAUGUUAUCAAUGAUACCAAAUACAAGGAAAACAUGAUGAAGCUGUCUUCGCUGCACCAGGAUCGCCCGUUGAACCCACUGGAGCUCUCUGUCUAUUGGGUUGAGUUUGUAAUGAGGCAUGGAAGUGCCAAACAUUUGCAGACUGCAGCUCAUGAUCUGAAUUGGAUCCAGUUCUAUUGUUUGGAUGUCAUCGGCACCUUUCUUGCUGUGACCUUAUUAUUUGUCUACCUAGUCAUCAAGUGCUGCUUAGUCUGUCUACGCAAAGUGAAGGGCCACAGAAAGAAUAAACUUGACUGAAGAACCUUCUAGGAUGAGGCUUCUCCAUGUCAUCUGAUUGUCUGAAGCCCAAAACCUUCCUCCACUAUCAUAAGGCCGACUCAAAUCAUAAUUUUUACAUUCCACCCCUUUCCAUUUGUAACUCUACUUUCAACAUCCAAGUUCUACUUUGCCUUAUGCCACUUCCCCCCAUUCUCUAGUCUUUCCUUUAGUCUCCCUUUUCUGCCAACUUUUGGAGGCCCUCCUGAAUAUCUUCUAACAGCUCAGUGAGGACUGUUGUUUAUAACUGCUGCUGUGAAGCUCCUUUAGAUGUUUCAUAUUGUUUGAAAUGCUGGUGAAAAACAAAAUGCUGCUAUAAGACCACAAGACAUAGAGCAGAAUUAAUUUGUCCGGCCCAUGAAGUCUACUCCACCAUCCAUUCAUGGCUGAUUUACUUUCCCUCUUAUCCCUAUUCUCCUGCUUUCCUCUGUAAGCUUUGAUGCUCAUACUAAUCAACCUCCACUUUAAAUAUAUCCAAUAACUUGGCCUCCAUAGUUGUCAAUGGCAAUAAGUAGAUUGUGAUUAUAGUAGGGAACUUCCCAGACUAAUGAGUUCUGUUCCCAAUGGAGAUUCUUAUUUCAGGCAUGAAUGUAAUCCCAACAAGAAGUCAGCAGCAAAGUGCUCCAACACAAUGUAUUUCCCCAAAGUAUUCUGGGAAGAAUAAACAAUAUUCUCCAUUUCUCAGUCCGCGACAACACCACAACCCCCACAUCGCCCUUGCAAUAAGCAAUACAGUUCUGGUAAUUUUUAACAAUUUGCCUUAUCUGCUUAAUAGAUUUUUAUGUUUGAUGCACAAGGACACUCAGAUCCCUUUGCAUCGCAGAGCUCCGCAAUCCAUCGCCAUUUAAAUGAUAGGCAUUUUUGAAAAAUAAAAUCUGUCAAACUGGACAGAUACACCUUUUCUUGCAUUGUAUACCUUUUGCAAUAUCACUGUCCACUCAAUUAAUCUGUCUCUAUCCUCUUCUAGCUUCAGGUGAAUUCAAAGCAAUCUUGUGCAAUCUUUAAUGAAAUGAUUCAAAUUACUUGAUUAGUUUAUAGCUUUAUAGACAACAAUGUCUGUUUUACUGCUAAGUUUUCUACAGGUAAUUGUAAUCUUGAUUCUAGGUUUAAAAAUACCAAACACAAUUGGGUGAAGUUUCUCAGAGAAUGUAAGCAACAGGUAAUUUUUAACCUAGAGUGAGUUGUGGAAUAUUACAUCAUAAUAAAGAGUACUGUAUAUGUUCA